CACACUUCCUGUUUGACGUGUUUUACCAGGUGUGUCACAGCAUGAAUACCAGGUGAUUCAACCCAUCCUGGUUUCAUUUUGCAACACCGUGUCUGCUUAUAGAGCAGGGUGUUUGCUGGGCGGGGUGGUAGUAAGUAAAUCGAGAAGGAUAUAGCCUUUGUGUGUGCGUGUGUGCGUGUGUGUGUGUGUGUGUGUGUGUGUCGCUUAGUACAUGUUUGCUCAGUAAUCUCUGGCUCAACCUGUCUGAUAGGUGUGGGCUGGCUGGCACUGACUUGCACAGGUAUGAGUAGAAAUCCAGCACAGUUGUGAGAGAGGAGGGAAACAGCAAACAGCACUUCUGUGACGGGAACUUUUCACUUCACACAGGAAUAAGGAAGGAAGAGGUGGACAAAGGAAACCCUUGGGAAGGAGGAUUUUGGGAGAAUACUUUACAAUGUGAAAUAACCCAGAGGAGAUUCUUCUUCUGCACUUCGACCCAUGGCUCUGGGAUUCUAAUGUGGCAUUUCAGGCUCUGGGACGUACAAGAUGUUGCUGUGUUUCUCAGCAUCACAUUAUAUAUGUUUCACCUAGCUGGAGCCAUCUCCAUCCGUUCUCCCCAGAGGAGCCUGACCCGGUCGGUGCAGGAGGAUGUGUUCUUCUCAGUGGAUGUAACCUGCAACGGGAUCCCCACCAUACAAUGGACCUUUAUGUCUGCAGCGGUGAGCCGCUCCAUAGGGAUUUGGCAGCAGGGGGUGUACACCAACAUCACGGAGGAUUACAGCAGCAGAGUGCAGUCCUACACCAACGGCUCCAUGGGCCUGUCAGACCUGAGGCUGCAGGAUGCUGGAUACUACGUGGUCACCGUCACUGAUGCAGCAGGGAGCAGCAAGGACGCUGGGUUUGUCCUGAAAGUGAACGAGGUGCUGUAUGAGGACCUGCAGUACCUGUCUGUCUCUGCCUUAGCACUGGCCUGUCUGGCGGGCCUUCUCAUGCUGGCCAUGUGGCUGCUGGACAAGGUCUACAGGAAGAUAGUGGCCUGGAGGCGCAGGAAACAGAUGCCAGAAAAUGAUGCAACAGAGCUGCAGCCUCUUUGAAGGACGUCCAGCUGUGGCAGGAAAACACACCAGAGACUCUCCAUCAAACCCGCGGACUACUCCUUAAAACUAACAGUCACUUUUUUUUUUAAUUCCACAAGUUACUUAAAGCCAGGAAGACGGCUUAUCAGUAAUGAAAAACUGUGCAGCAAGCUGUUUACACUUGUAUUGUUUACACACGCAUUUACAUCUCACUACUGAUGAAACCCCUUUGAAUGUAAAUAUAUCACUCCUCACAUUGGAAAACAAUACAUACUGUAUUUAUUGUAUAAGAGUUGUGUGGUUUUCUUUUUCUCAUGGCUUCAAUCAUAACCCAGAAAGAAACUGGGAAUAUGCUGUUAGUCUGCUAC